GAGGAGAUGAAUGGAGCUGGAAAUCUGAUGGACUUCCUGGACGAGCCUUUUCCUGACGUGGGCACAUAUGAAGAUUUCCACACCAUCGACUGGCUGAGGGAGAAAUCCAGAGACACAGACCGCCACCGCAAAAUCACCAGUAAGAGUAAAGAAUCCAUCUGGGAGCUGAUCAAGAGCCUGCUGGAUGCCUGGUCAGGAUGGGUGGUGAUGCUGCUCAUCGGCCUCCUCUCAGGUACGCUGGCUGGCGUGAUCGACCUAGCGGUGGACUGGAUGACUGACCUGAAGGAGGGCGUGUGUCUUUCGGCGUUUUGGUACAGCCACGAGCAGUGCUGCUGGACCUCCAACGAGACGACAUUCGACGACCGGGACAAGUGUCCGCAGUGGCAGAAAUGGGCCGAGUUGAUGACGGGCCACGCUGAGGGAGCGGGAGCGUACGUGUUGAACUACUUCCUGUACAUUCUGUGGGCUCUGCUGUUUUCCUUCCUGGCGGUUUCGCUGGUGCGAGUGUUCGCUCCGUACGCCUGCGGAUCAGGAAUCCCAGAGAUCAAGACGAUCCUCAGCGGCUUCAUCAUCCGGGGUUACCUGGGGAAAUGGACCCUGCUGAUUAAGACGGUUACCCUGGUGCUUGCGGUGUCGUCUGGUCUCAGUCUGGGGAAGGAGGGUCCUCUGGUCCACGUGGCCUGCUGCUGCGGAAACUUAUUCUGCAGCCUCUUCUCCAAAUACAGCAAGAACGAGGGCAAGCGGAGAGAGGUGCUAUCAGCAGCAGCAGCAGCUGGAGUGUCGGUGGCCUUCGGAGCGCCCAUCGGAGGAGUUCUGUUCAGUCUGGAAGAGGUCAGCUAUUAUUUCCCCCUAAAGACUCUGUGGCGUUCGUUCUUCGCUGCUUUGGUCGCCGCCUUCACGCUGCGCUCCAUCAACCCGUUUGGAAACAGCCGCCUGGUGCUGUUCUACGUGGAGUACCACACUCCGUGGUACAUGGCUGAGCUGGUGCCCUUCAUCCUGUUGGGUGUGUUUGGCGGCCUCUGGGGGACCCUCUUCAUUCGGGCCAACAUCGCCUGGUGCCGGCGGAGGAAGACCACCCAGCUGGGGAAGUAUCCGGUCCUGGAGGUCAUCGCAGUGACGGGGAUCACCGCCGUGCUGGCGUACCCCAACCCAUACACCCGCCGCAGCACCAGCGAACUCAUCUCGGAGCUCUUCAACGACUGCGGCGCACUGGAGUCGUCACAGCUCUGUGAUUACAUUAAUAACCCCAACAUGAGUCGGCCAGUAGACGACAUCCCAGAUCGACCAGCGGGGCCCGGGGUCUACAACGCCCUGUGGCAGCUCGCCCUCGCCCUCAUCUUCAAGAUCGUCAUCACCAUCUUCACCUUCGGCAUGAAGAUCCCGUCAGGUCUUUUCAUUCCCAGCAUGGCAGUUGGUGCCAUCGCAGGGCGGAUCGUUGGGAUCGCCGUGGAGCAGAUGGCGUACCACCACCACGACUGGAUCAUCUUCAAGAAUUGGUGCCGGCCCGGCGCCGACUGCGUCACACCUGGACUCUACGCCAUGGUGGGAGCUGCCGCCUGUCUGGGCGGUGUGACCAGGAUGACUGUCUCUCUGGUGGUCAUCAUGUUUGAGCUCACUGGCGGCUUGGAGUACAUCGUCCCCCUGAUGGCUGCCGCCGUCACCAGCAAGUGGGUGGCGGACGCCUUCGGGAAGGAGGGCAUCUACGAGUCGCACAUCCAGCUCAACGGCUACCCCUACCUGGACGUCCGGGACGAGUUCACCCACCGCACCCUGGCCACUGACGUGAUGCGGCCCCGCAGGAACGACCCCCCUCUGGCCGUCCUCACCCAGGACUCCACCACAGUGGAGGACGUGGAGACGCUCAUCAAAGACACAGACUAUAACGGCUUCCCAGUGGUCGUGUCCAGAGAGUCGGAGAGGCUCAUCGGCUUCGUUCAGCGCCGGGACCUCACGCUCGCUAUCAAAAACGCCCGUCAGAAGCAGGACGGCGUGGUGAGCAGCUCGGUGGUUUACUUCACUGAGGACGCGCCGCAGCUGCUGGCCAGCAACCCGCAGCCUCUGAAGCUGCGACGCAUCCUGAACCUCAGCCCCUUCACCGUCACCGACCACACGCCCAUGGAGACGGUGGUGGACAUCUUCCGCAAGCUGGGCCUCCGUCAGUGUCUGGUGACCAGGAGCGGGCGUCUCUUAGGCAUCAUCACCAAGAAGGACGUUCUGCGACACAUGGCCCAAAUGAUGAACCAGGAUCCAGAGUCCAUCAUGUUCAACUAGCAAGACAGAAGAUCUUUACUCUUCCGGAGGUGUAAAUAAAAAAAAAAGCAAAAAAAAAAAAAACAACCAGAGCAGAAACCGGUGCAAUGCUACUGUACUGCAACCUGUGAAAAGUCCCUCCCACCCUCUAACAGGCAAGUCCCACCCCUGUAGUGACCACAAGCUCCAUGUGUUCCAGUGUAACUCAGACAGAACGCUCCUGCAGUUGUGUGCAAAGUAAAAUGCCAAUCAGGAGUUGCCAACAGUGCUGAGAGUUUAGCACAUUUGUUUCUCAGCUUUCUGUUAUUCACCUUUAUUUCUUCAGCUUAAACAGUAGCAGCUGUAGCCGCCAUCCACAGUCAUUUGUCUAUUGCUGCUAGUUCAAUUUAAACGUUUAAAACAGCCGCCAUGGAGGGAAAUACUGACGCUGAGACAGUAUUUGCUACCUGAGGGCAGCGUUGUGGUUAAGUGUGAGUGAAUCACAGAGUUGCUGCAAGUCUGUUAGAAGAUUAAUUAGUUUGAUAACUGAUCAUCUCUUGUUAUGCUAAAAUGAAACUGACACGAGUCACACAUGGUGCUAGAAAUCAUAGCAGAAAAUGCAAAGAAAUAUUAUCUCAUUUCGAAAAGGUGUGUUUUAUUUCACUAAACCUAAAUCUUCUGUUCCAGAGAUUAAGACAAAGAUGACAUGCUUGAAUAGAAAAUGUAAGUUUGUACCUGUGGACUCUCUGAAAGCUUGAAUAUUCUGACUUUUAAAACAUUCAGGUCUCUCCCUGUAAUCCCAUUUAUUCCAGUCUAAACAGAUUGAUACUGCAGAUAUUCAGAAGGAAAUGACUGGGUCCUGUUACCUGGUUCUGAAGCCGUUAGUGAUGUGGGGCUUCCAGGCUGACAACUGGUUCGAUGCCUUACUGUCACAUGAUUGACCGAAAAGUCUCAAACUAGCCAAUCAGUUUUCCAUCUAUAAUAUGUCAAAAAUACAUUUACAAGUUUCAUACAUCUUUAAAUGUCUCGUCAAAACUUCAGGUAGAAUAACUUCACUUGAAGUAAGUGAAGUAGAGAACGGUUAUUUUCUUUGAUCAUAAGUGACUUAAGCAGUCAAUCGAUUAUAGAAAUUGCUGCUGAUUAAUUUCCUGUUAGUCAAUUAACUCUAAUAGGUUUCAGCCCUGAUGUCUUGAAAAAGUUUUGAUCAAAUUGGCUUCAUAGGGCUCACAACCACAAAAUGAAAUAUUCCAACUUGAGAAAUAAAAUCUACAAAAAGGCUUUAUGCAGAAGAUCACAGAUAUAAAACUCUCAUUUGUUUGACACCUUUUUGAAUGAAUUAAUAUUCACUAACAGUUAAGAUGAUUGAUAUCAGCAUUAGCCCCCCCCCAAAAAAAAUCUAAUCUCUUUGUUAAACAACACACAAAAUCUGGAGACGAAAAUCUG